AUGCUUCUUGGCAUCUCAGUCUUUCUUCUCUUCGCCGACGGCGUCACUGGCUUCAAAAUUGCUUUGGACGAUCAGAAAUAUCUCGUCACAACUGUGAACAAGAUGCGAAAAGAUGCUGCGGAGAAGUGGCGAAUCGCGAACAUGCACGAGCUGGUCAGUUGAUCUCCAACAUCAAAUAUGUCCAACGAACGCACACGAUUUCAGACGUGGGACGAGGAACUUGUCACGACGAUCAAAGGUCUGCCCAGCAAAUGGGAGGAUCUCAGAUCUGGACCCAACUAUCGUAUCGUCCUUGUGAAUCCCGACAAGAGCGUGAUGACUGCGAUGAAUGCUAGAUUUGAAAAAUUGUUAAACGAUUCUCCUGCAGAAGAGAAGAGAUGGAUAAAAAUGUGGUGGGACACAGUAAAAGCGAACAAUAUCGACGAGCUAUUCACCAAUUUACCUCUUGCUAAGGUUUUGAAAAUGACGGCUGAAAUACAAUUGCGCGCAACGUUUUCUCUCUAUGAACUGAUCAACCCGACUCAAACAAAGAUCGCAUGUGUAUCGCAGAGUUGUUCGAAAGAUGGAGGAAAAUUUGAGGGAAUUUGCCUUCUGGGACUUGUGUAAGUAAAUCAAAAGGAAGGCAUUCAGUGCUUUUUUUUUCAGCAACAGUUGGCAAGAGUCAAAUUUUGUGCUCGACAAAGCUGCCGGAUCCGCUUGCCCGACCGGAACGACGGCUGUCGACGAACUUUGCAGAACGUCCUCCUCGUCUCAGCAGUUCACCGUCCUUUUCCUCGUCAUCUCUCUUUUCAUCUCCUCUUUCUAG